GCAGAACAAAGCAAUUUAUCCAACACUACAAAAGAACAUUCUUCAUACUCAAAUCUGUGAUAACAACGACCUGAAAAGACGUCCAUACAAAAAGAUCAUUAGUCGCAAUGGCACCCCGCUCCCAACUAGAGAUCGCUACGGCAUCUGUCCAGCGCUUGAUCAAGGAAGAAGCGUCCUAUCACCGCGAGCUACAGCAGCAGACGGAGAGAAUCAAGAAACUCGAAUCCGGCGAGGGAGGUGACGAUGAGAACAAGGAGUGGACUCUGAAGCAGGAGCGCCUGGCCCUCGAGGAGACCAGGAAGGUCCUUCCGACCCUGAAGCAGAAGAUUGUGGAUGCGAUCGCUAAGCUUGAUCAGUUGCUGAUUGAGGAGGGCAAGAAGGGCGCCGAAAGCAAUGUCGAGCAGAUCAAUGCUGCAAAGGAGGCUAUCUCCCAGGCCAGAACAGCGGAGCGAGAGAUUUCGUAAAUCCACUGUCACUGGUUCUGUCUAUGCAUCAAAGCCGACUCGGCAAUUAUUGUAAAAGUACAACAUGGGAAAAGAAAGCAAAAUUGUUGUAAAUAACAGGCACCAUGAAUCCAAACGCCGCCAAAU